AUGGCCGCCGUCCCACGGAGCAAACACUCGCAAUCGCGGUACCUCAACGUCAUUGCCAAUAUCUUCGGCACAAUAUGGAUUGGGUUCGGGGUGAACGCAAUGUUACGCCCGCGCGCCGCGUUCGCCAUCUUUGAAUUCGACCUACCUUCGUCCGCGGCCGAUCAAAAGCUGGUUGAGAGCUUGAUGAUCAUCUACGGUGCGCGAGAUCUCUUCAUGGGCUUAGCUACGUAUUUCACCGCGUGGUUCGGUACCCGCAAGGCAUGUGGCUGGACCUUGAUUGCCGGCGCAGGCGUCGCUGGUGUAGAUGGUCUUGUGAGUCUUCAGCAGAUUGGCGGAGGCCAGUGGAAUCAUUGGGGCUAUGCGCCGAUGAUUUUCGUUGUUGGUGCGCUGUUGGCGGGCGUUUGGGACUGA